UGAUAUGACAGCGCGAGCUGUAGUGUUUGUGUUUCGCGACUUAUAAAUCUCUAAAUUAUUCUUUUUAUCUUCUUUCUGAGUAACAGUCGGUAAACAUAACUUAAAUUAGUAGAUUUAUCAGUUCAAAAUAGGCAAAUAAGAUAAACUCUCAUGAGUAAUAAGUGAACGAGUGUGUGAGACGAGAAAUGCUGUGACCACGCUGCGCGGCGAUGAAACACUACUCCAAUGGCCACAUGACCUUGAACGACUAUCUGAUGAUGUACCUGGCACGAUGGAAGCGUGUGGCAGUGGUAUUACUGGUCAUAUGGAUCGUCGUCACAUACCUCUUUAUAGCCCCUCUCAGGUGCACAGGUAACACAGACGAAGUGUCGGAGUUCCAGCAGAGGCUGAAGAGGGUGUCCUCGCAGCUGGAGUCGCUGAAACAGCAGCACAAUAACCUUAUAGCGCAGAUCAAGAAGUCGCCGGGGUUACGCAGCAAUCUCAAAGACCUAGACCCUAGUCUGCUCCUAGACUCAGGUCAGGGCCCAACCGAAGAAUACGAGAAUCUCAGACGUCGAAUACACUCCAACACUAAAGAGCUGGGGUACUAUAUAAGCCAUGAGCUGAAUAAUGUUAUGAAAAGCAGUGAGAAUAGGGAAGAGAAGUUACUUGCUAUUAUGGAGCAGAUUAAUGAAAGACAGAGCUCCCUCCUAUCAGACCAGGAGAAGCUUCCUGAGCUGGACGGCUACCACGAAUGGCGGAAAACGGAGGCGGCUAACGUCAGUGACCUCAUACAGAGGAGGUUGUAUCACCUCCAGAACCCGCCAGAUUGCAAGGAUGCUAGGAAAGUCAUCUGUAAUCUAAAUAAGGGCUGCGGCUUCGGCUGUCAACUCCACCACAUAGUGUAUUGCCUAAUAUUCGCGUACGCCACGGAGCGGACGCUAAUUCUCAACUCCAAGGGGUGGCGAUACAACAACAGGGGCUGGGAGUCCGUGUUCCACCCCAUAUCUGACACGUGCACCAGCUCGUACGACGACCCCGUGGUGCAGUGGUCAGUGUCCCAUGACUCAAAAGUGGUAUCGCUGCCGUUCAUAGAUUCGAUAUCGCAGAAGCCUAAAUUUCUACCUCUAGCCGUGCCUAAGGAUCUCGCUCAUAGAAUAAUCCGUUUCAACGGCGACCCGUCAUCAUGGUGGAUCGGCCAAAUACUCAAAUACAUCUUAAAACCACGGCUCAGCAUGCAGAAAGCCGUCAACGAGACCAUCGCGAAGAUGAACUUCAAUACUCCCAUAGUCGGAGUGCACAUAAGAAGAACAGAUAAAGUUGGCACUGAAGCCGCCUUCCACCACAUACACGAGUACAUGUCGCACGUAAUAAGUUACUACGACCGGCUGGAGCUGACGCGACAUGUCGGCACCAGGCGGGUGUACCUCGCCACCGACGACGCCAACGUCCUAGAAGACGCCCGAAAAAAAUAUCCGUCGUACGAGUUCCUCGGCGAUCCGACCAUCGCCAAAACUGCCGCCACACACCGGCGCUACACCCCCGUGUCGCUCACAGGACUCUUGGUGGAUUUACACAUGCUGGCCAUGUGUGAUUAUCUCGUAUGCACCUUCAGUAGUCAGGUUGGCCGCGUGGCGUACGAGAUGAUGCAGGCCAACCGAGUGGACGCGUCCAACAGUUUCUUCUCAUUAGAUGACAUCUACUACUUCGGUGGCCAAAACGCGCACGAUCGUGCCGCCAUCAUGCCGCAUGAACCGAAUAACAACCAGGAGAUCGCUAUAGAGGUCGGCGAUCUAAUAGGCAUCGCCGGGAACCACUGGAACGGUUUCGGCCGGGGGACUAAUAAGAGAACAAAUUUGAACGGACUGAUCCCGUGGUACAAGACGGCGGAGCACCUCGUCCUGUACCCCUUCCCCGAGUACAAACAUGUACCCCUGUACGACACGAGGCAGGGGGACUUAUAGGCCCCGCCAUAUUUCAAUAGCCUAAUAGCCCAAACGGUUUAAAUGUCAACUUUUUUGAAGUGAAAACUUCUUUAGCGGCGCUGUGCACUUUUUGUGAUGGGGAAAAAAUGUUAAACUCGCGAGAGCGUAAGACGUAAGACGCUUCGUAAGACGGACGCGUGACCUGAUCGAAAAACUGUUACAAUGUCAUUGAGUUUUCACUUCUGCCGGCACUCCCGGAGUGCAAUCCGUUAUUUUUUUGUUAUAGGCCCCGUGCAUGAACUAUAAGGGGCAGCAUCUGAGCAGUCAGAUUUUUGGCGCGAGGCGUAAAUGUGUCGUUUAUGCUUCCGAUGUAGCCCACAAGAUGGCAGAACCUACUGCAUAAUAAACGUACCGACGAGAGCGGUAGAUGGUAGCACUUGCUUUGGCAAUGUGCACAUAUGUUUCCGAUUCAGGCCACAAGAUAGCAGACCCUGCAACGCGCACGGUCUCUAUAGCUACUUAGAAACACGGGCUCUUCCGAUCCUUAUGAGAGGAAAAUGUAUCUGAACUUUUUUUAAUUAUGUUACCAUUUAUCAUAGUUAGUAAGAUGGUAGCGUAAUGGACGAUAGGGUUAAUCCAUUAAUUACAUCACACAAAAUUUAGAUAUUUAGACCCCCUGUUGACUAAGUACCCCCUUUUUUAGAAUACGUUUACUUUUUAUAAUUUUUUAUAUUUUUGAAUUCUUCUGUUAUUUUUUUGUAAAUUUAUGUUCUUUAUUUAUCUAAAUUUAUGUUCUUUUUUAGAACCUAUUUUUGUACAUUUUUCUGUUGUUUCAUCAAAUAAACUGAUAUCAUUGAACCCCCUCCCCCCUUGUCACACUUUUUCAUAAAGAAAGGAAACAAGGAUAAGGAAAGAGAUAGAUAUGUAAUACGCACGGUCACACUUGGCAUGACCUUCCCCCCUCCCCCCUUUUUGCUGUGGACUAUGAACCCAUAUAAAAAAUGUAUGGAUGACUUAGAACAUUUUUCCUCCCAUAAAAAUCAAAAGAGCUCGUAACUUUGAGUAGAAAUUAUAAAAAGGUAUUAUUUUUGCGGAUGGAAUUUAAUAAAAAAAAUAUACAAUGCG